UCUUUUACACUGUUUUAAUACUCUUCAUAAGCUUCUAAUAGAAAACCAGCAAUGGCUGCUCAUAACAUUUUGAAACUCUUUCUUGUUAUUUCCUUCUUUAAUGUGUGCUUCGCUUCAAGAAAGCUCACUGCUUUAGUGCAAGACCCACAAAUGCAGCUCUUGAAAUACCACAAGGGUGCACUUCUUUCUGGCAAAAUCUCAGUCAAUCUGAUUUGGUAUGGCAAAUUCAAGCCAUCCCAAAGAGCUAUUGUAUCUGAUUUUAUCAACUCCCUUUCUUCUUCAACUCCAUCUAAAACCAAUCCUUCAGUAGCACAAUGGUGGAAAACCACUGAAAAAUACUACCAUCUCGCUAAUUCUAAGAACACUCUUUCCCUUAAUUUGGGCAAACAAGUUCUCAUAGAAAAUUAUUCCCUAGGAAAAUCACUGACCCAGAAACAAAUCGUGCAAUUGGCAUCAAAGGGUGAACAGAAAGACGCCAUUAAUGUUGUAUUGACCGCCUCUGAUGUUGCUGUUGAUGGGUUCUGUGUCAAUCGGUGUGGAACUCAUGGGGCUUCUAAGGGUGCAGUUAUUAACGGCAAAACUUACAAAUUUGCUUAUAUUUGGGUGGGUAACUCAGAGACUUUUUGUCCUGGCUACUGUGCCUGGCCAUUUCACCAACCCAUUUACGGACCACAGAGCCCACCAUUGGGUGCACCAAACAACGAUGUGGGUGUUGAUGGUAUGGUGAUUAACUUAGCUAGCUUAUUAGCUGGAACCGCUACGAACCCAUUUGGAAACGGUUACUACCAGGGCGAAGCAGAUGCGCCAUUGGAAGCUGCAUCUGCUUGCCCUGGUGUGUACGCGAAAGGCGCUUACCCAGGCUAUGCUGGAGAUUUGUUGGUGGAUAAAACAACAGGUGCAAGCUACAAUGCACAUGGUACAAACGGAAGGAAAUACUUGGUUCCUGCUUUAUAUGAUCCUGCUACAUCUUCAUGUUCAACUCUAGUCUAGAAAAAAUAAUCGUAGUAAUGUAGUACCAGUUGUACACGAAGAAGAAGAAGAAGAAGCUAAUCUAGCAUAGUAAAUACUGUAAUUUUUGAUUCAUUUAUUUGUUUGAGGUUGAAAAUGGAAGAGCAAAUUUCUUCGGUUUGCUUUCACAAA